CGUGGCCAGGCGGGGCGGAGCCGCGGGCGGCCCAGGAUGGCGGCGGCGCGGCCGUGGCCGCUGCUGCUGCUGGCGCUGGCGGCGGGGCCGGGGCCGGGGCCGGCGGGCGGGUACUUCCCCGAGGAGCGCUGGAACCCCGAGUCGGCCUUGCUCCCCCCUCGGGUGACCAUAGCGCUGCUAGCGCGGAACGCGGCCCACGCCUUACCCGUCACGCUGGGAGCGUUGGAAAGGCUGCGGCACCCCAAGGAGCGGACGGCGCUGUGGGUGGCGGUGGAUCACAGCGUGGACAACACGACGGCGCUGCUGCGGGAGUGGCUGCUGCGGGUGCGGGGGCUCUACCACCGCGUGGAGUGGCGGCCCAUGGAGGAGCCGCGGUCGUACCCCGACGAGGAGGGCCCCAAGCACUGGUCCCCGUCCCGCUACGAGCACGUGAUGAAGCUGCGUCAGGCGGCGCUGGAGUCCGCCCGCGCCCUCUGGGCCGAUUACCUGCUGUUCCUGGACGCCGACAACGUCCUGACCAACCCCGACACCCUGGGGCUGCUCAUGGCGGAGAACAAGACGGUGGUGGCUCCCAUGCUGGACUCGCGCGCCGCCUACUCCAACUUCUGGUGCGGGAUGACGGCGCAGGGUUACUACCGGCGCACGCCGGCCUACCUGCCGAUCCGGAAGCGGGAGCGCCGGGGCUGCUUCGCGGUGCCCAUGGUGCACUCCACCUUCCUGCUGGACCUGCGCAAGGAGGCGUCGCGGGCGCUCGCCUUCUACCCGCCGCACCCCGACUACACCUGGGCCUUCGACGACAUCAUCGUCUUCGCCUUCUCCUGCCGCCAGGCAGAGGUGCCGACGUUCGUCUGUAACCGGGAGGUUUACGGGUUCCUGCCGGUGCCGCUGCGCUCCCACAGCAGCCUGCGGGACGAGGCCGAGAGCUUCCUGCACGUCCAGCUGGAGAUCAUGGUGAAGCACCCGCCGGCGGAGCCGUCCCCCCACGUCUGGGUCCCCCCCAAGGUCCCCGACAAGAUGGGCUUCGACGAGGUGAGCGCUUUUCUGAAUUUUGGGGUGCUCUUUGCCCUUUUCUUCUGAAUUUCAGCAUUCUGUUCCUCCUUCUCUGGGUUUUGGAGCCUGUCCCCUUCUCGAUUUUGGGUUUUCUCCCCUUUCUUCUGGAUUUUGGGUUUUUUUCUUCUGGAUUUUGGGUUUUCUCCCCCUUAUUUCUGCAUUUUGAGUCAUCGUUCCCCUCCCCGAUUCU